GCGCGCGGGUGCGCCACGUUGUUCUUGCACCCCGCCGCGCAGCAGUAGCACGGCAGCUUCAGCAGCGCCAGCGUCUGCGUCCCCUUGAGCGACUCCGGGCCCUUGCGGUACUCGCGCCCGUGGCCCCACAUGUGCAUCUGCAUGUUGUUGUAUCGGUUGAAGGUCUUGUUACAGACAUGGCAGAUAAACUGCACCGGGCCGACGAGGAUCUGCGCCGGCGUCGGGAUCCAGUACCGGCACCCGGCGAGCGGCGGCGGCAGGCCGCGCCCGCCCUCACCCACCACCACGCCGACGAAGGUGUCCGAUCCUUCCACCGACGGCGCCACGUCGUCGUCACGCUCCUGCCGAUCCAUCGUCAUCAUCAUCAUCCCUUCCUCCGCCUCGCCGCCAUGCGUACGCUUCCACUCGCUCUCGUCCUCACCACCACCCGCCGCCUCCUGGUCCACUUCGUCUUCGCCGCCACCCUUCUCUUCUUCCAUGACGGCGUCCUCAUCAUCAAUGCUGCAGGACCCACCGACCGGCAACGCGAUAUUCAGAUCCACGCCGGACGGAGCCAACAAACCGCCGGUCGCGCCGCCGCCGCUCGUGGUCUCUUCUUUGACGGCGCACUGCUCGUGAUGACCAUCGUCCCCCUUCCGCUCGCCACCGAGCCUGCUGAGCAGCGGCAGGCACGUCACGCUGCUCGCUUCCUGCUGCGCAACAACGACUCCACGGCCGGCUGCUUGUCCCUCCUCGCCGAGGGCUAGUAGUUGAUGCCUGGACGCCAUCGUCGAGGUCGACGACGACGACGACGACGAGCCAGACGAGGACCGCGACGACGGCGACGAUAAGGAGCAUCGCGGCUUGAGCCACUGGAAGAAAUUAGGGGAGCCGACGGCGGCCUCAUCGCCUUCCAUGGAGGCACAAGCCCGCAGCCCCAUAUAUGGAUGAUCCUCGAUCCUCUGACCACCGUCGUACCGAUCGACGAGCCUUGUUGUAUAAGUAUAUAUAGCCUCUACACAAGUAAGUGUCUCUUGAUCUUGGGGGUUUGGUGGAGAGAGGGAGGCCGGAGGUAUAGCUAGCACUCUAGCAGCAAGCAGCAGCUAGCUAGCUUAAUGUCAAGGCGUGCC